CACGCGUGCGCGCCACUCGAAGCUCAGGCCUUGCUCGGCGGGGGUUUAGCGAGCGAAGUGCAGCCGAUAUCAGUGAAACGCUCGGUGCUACUGCUGCUGCUACUGCGGCUGUUGUUGUGCUUCGCCGUUCGCUUGGCGCGAGAUGAGCAGAGUUUCAGCGAGUGCACCGACACUGGCGGCGAUCCUCGUCGCCGCAUCCCUCCUCGUGCGCAUCGCAGAGGCCAGACCCUCGCGGAUACUCAGUCGGCCCAAGCGAGUGUCGGACCAGAGGCUGGCCGAGCUGGAGACGCUGGUCUCGUUGGCCAAGAUGAAGGGCAAGCUCAUCACCGUGCCCAUCGGCUAUGGCCACGUCGAUCCUUACAAGCUUGGACGAAGGCGCAGGUCCAGCACCGAGAGCGACCUGUCCGAGCUGCGGCGCAUCCUGAGAUCCGUCGUCGUCGAUAACGUCCAGCUCAGCCCUCGGGAUCGAGGUCGUUUCGCGCAGUUGCUCUCGUCACAGUGGGAGGCGACGGAUCAGGAGGAAACGGCGAGCGACGAAGACGAGUUACAGUCUUAUUAGAUAGAUAACAAGCUUAUUCUCACUACCCUCGGAACGAAAGUAUUUUGCCGGCCCUGCGUGAGCCUCCGACCUAACAGUAUUAAAAUAGAAGAGAGUGAGAUGAAGAGAUGAAUGAAGAAAGAAACCUUCCACUUCUCUAGUGGAGCCGUGUUCCUUAAGUUUGUUUCCAGAGUGAGAGAGAGAGAGAGACAACUUGUGCGAGUGCUUUUUUUAGUAUUUUUUUAACUCUUUUUUUUUUCGUUCGGACAUUCCACGUAAUCGGAAAGUAUUCAAUUUUUUUUUUCGGGGAGGUUACGGGUUCGAAAAUGUUUUUUCAAUUUUUGAGAAGAAAAUCUCUCGUGGUGCUAUUAUUCCAUGAUAUAGUGUUAUAUAUCCAAAGUCCGAGGCUUUGUUACACAGUAUUCGAUGGCCGCGAUGCCGCUCAAUUGAGCUGGACGAAUUUAUACACUUACAAUUUUUUCUAGUAGUAUUUAUUAGAUAGUUCAAUUUAUUUAUACGCGCCUUAGGUUUAAGUAGAACGAUUAAUUCUUCUAGUUUCUGUCAAUUGUCUCAAGAAUGCAGAGUAGGAGGCAUGCACUUAUGAAAAACGGCAGAUUGGCACUACAUUUAUUAUUAUUGUUGUUAAUUUUUUUUAAGACAGAUUAGAAAAAAAUUCGCGAGCUAUCCUUUCUGCAUUUUUUUUCGGGCAAAGUAGAUCGAUUGCUAUUGGUUUCGCGCGCGGAAGAGCCGCCGAAUGCUAAUACACUUGUCGGAAGGAAUUCGAUUUUUUAAUUUUUGCGGAGUCCACCGA